GCAUGUCGGAUUCACAACCAAGAUGGCGGCGGAGCGGAGCACCGGCUCGGUGCGGUGACUGUCUGACAGAAGAAGAAGCGUCUCCUCCUCCAUCCGGAGCUAACUCUGUUCAGGAGAAAYAACUCCAGUACUUUCAGCGAGCAGCGCAUCUCCUCAUCACGGUCAUGUUGCAGCAGCUCGACUAGAGGACGGAYACCGAGCCGAGUUGUGUGUGUGAGGACUGACGUUCAUCAGCGGGCAGGAAGUUGAGCUCUGACUGUGGUCUUGGACUCAAUAUCCUGCGCAGAUGUCGGCUCCUUAAAGCGCCUGCAGUUAAACCGUUUCUUCUCAAGCUCCAAAACCACAGCGGGAAGCUAGUAUCAAGGCAGUUGGCGGUGAUGGAAAAUGAUGGAGGACAAAGGCCCACGUGUAGCCGACUACUUUGUGGUGGCUGGUCUGACGGAUCCAUCCAAACCAUUGGACCAGGAGAUCCACUUUGAUGACGUGUGCCACAAGACGGCCAAACCGAAAGCCCCCAUUACUGAUGUGGCGGUGGUGAUCCGAUCAGUGGGCGAGGAGGUGCCUCCGGGGUUUACAUGCAUAGAGACCACACCAAGUGGCCAGUCAGCUGAUCUUAACAACGGUGGCCUCAUGGCACCACAGAUCUACUUGUGCUACAGACGAGGCCAUGACAAGCCGCCGCUCACCGACCUUGGUGUGCUGUACGAAUGGAAGGAGCGACUGAAGCAGGGCUGUCACCUCAUUCAGACCACUCCGUCUGGACGUCCAGCCAACAUCAGUGGGAAUUCCUCUCAGCGCAUUUACAUCACGUACCGGCGAGCGCCUGAGAGCCAGCCUCACGCCUCGCUGGCCGUCACCGACAUCUGCAUCAUCAUCCCAAGCAAAGGGGAGACGCCCCCGCACACCUUCUGUAAGGUGGAGAAGAACCUCAACAGCAGCAUGUGGGGCUCCUCUGUUUAUCUGUGUUACAAGAAGUCUGUGGCCAAAACCAACAUAAUAGCCUAUAAAGCAGGUUUAUUCAGCAGAUACCCUGAGGAGGACUAUGAGUCGUUUCCUCUGCCAGAGUCUGUCCCUCUCUUCUGCCUUCCUAUGGGGGCCACCAUCGAGUGCUGGCCAGCAAACACCAAAUACUCUCUUCCCGUUUUUUCCACGUUUGUCCUCACUGGAGCUUCAGGAGAGAAGGUUUAUGGUGCUGCCAUCCAGUUUUAUGAGCCAUACCCACAGGAGUGUCUGACAGAUCAGCAGUUCUCCCAGCUGGGCCUCCUUAGCUCACAGCAGCAUGAACCAUCCAACAUCACAGCCAGUACCAUAGACAACUCAAACUGCUGCUCCGUCUACACCAACAAGUGUAUCUGCCUGCUCUCUCACUGGCCCUUCUUUGACGCUUUCCGCAAGUUCCUCACAUUCCUCUAUCGCUACUCCAUCUCAGGCCCUCAUGCUCUGCCCAUUGAGAAGCACAUCUCUCACUUUAUGCACAAAGUUCCCUUUCCUUCUUCCCAGAGGCCUCGCAUCUUAGUGCAGCUUUCCCCUCAUGACAGCCUGAUGUUGAGUCAACCAGUGAGUUCUCCUUUACCACUCAGUGGUGGGAGAUUUUCCACUCUGCUUCAGAACCUGGGACCAGAAAACGCUGUGACCUUACUUGUGUUUGCUGUCACUGAACACAAGAUUCUGAUUCACUCGUUACGUCCAGCAGUGCUGACCAGCGUAUCUGAGGCUUUAGUGUCUAUGAUUUUUCCUUUUCACUGGCCAUGUCCAUACAUCCCCUUGUGCCCCCUGGCUUUGGCUGAUGUUUUGAGUGCCCCCUGUCCAUUCAUUGUAGGGGUGGACUCUCGAUACUUUGAUCUUUACGACCCGCCGCCAGAUGUGAGCUGUGUGGACCUGGACACAAACACCAUCUUCCACAAUGAAGAUAAACGAGCUCUCACGUGGAAGAUCCUGCCAAAGAAAGCCUGUAAAAACCUAAUGAAUGUGCUGAGAAAUCUCCACCAGCAGCUGGUUGAUGGUCAAAGCCGGCCUGAUGGCUUGCUGGAGCUGAGCAUGAGUAAUUCACAAGAACUAAGCUGUGGAAAGAGUCUCCACACCCUGGAGCUGGAGAUCCAGGAAGCCUUUCUGCGCUUUAUGGCAGCUAUUUUAAAAGGUUACCGCUCCUUCCUGCGGCCCAUCACUCAAGCCCCUUCAGAGAAAGCCACAGACGCGAGCUCACUCUUCGACUUGCAAGGCUUCUUGAAGAGCCGGGACCGCUCACACCAGAAGUUUUACUCUUUAAUGACAAAGACCCAGAUGUUUAUCCGCUUCAUUGAGGAGUGCUCAUUUGUCAGCGACAAAGACACCAGCUUGGCCUUCUUCGAUGACUGCGUAGACAAACUGUAUAAUUCAGAACGGAGUGCAGAAAAAGGAGGCAAGGUGGAUGGUGACAGGACAGAGGAGGCCAGGCUGAUAGAGACAGAUGAGUCCCAGCGCAGUGAGCACACGGUCUUCAUCACGCCUCCAGAACUUCCUCCAUUAGCUGAUGGAGAGGAGCAUCCAUUAUGCUACAGGUAUGACGGCUUUCCAGUGUUGAGUCUCGACUUGUUUGACCCCGUGGAGGGCCUGUGGACACCCUCCUCUCGCCUCGCUGCCCGGCACAGCUGUCCCACCAGCCCCGCCCCCAUGUUUAGACGCACCAAACAGGAAAUCAAAUCAGCCCAGAAGAUAGCUAAGAAGUACUCGUCCAUCCCUCAGCUGUGGUCCAAGUGUCUGCUCCGUCACUGCUAUGGUCUGUGGUUCAUCUGCCUGCCUGCGUACGUGAAGGUGUGUCACUCGAAGGUACGGGCACUUCGCACYGCCUACGACGUGCUCAGGAAGAUGCAGUCAAAGAAGUUGCAGCCCCCUGAUGAGGUCUGUUACCGGGUCCUGAUGCAGCUCUGUGGACAGUACGGCCAACCUGUCCUGGCUGUCAGGGUCCUCUUUGAGAUGAAGAAGGCUGGAGUUCAUCCAAAUGCAAUCACCUACGGCUACUACAAUAAGGCGGUGUUGGAGAGCACGUGGCCUUCCAGCACCAGAGGAGGAUACUUUCUGUGGAUGAAGCUGAGAAACGUCAUUCUGGGCGUGGCGCAGUUCAAGCGGGCUCUACGACGACAUGGACCCCUCACGCAAAGUCCCCUUUCAGAUGGCAGCGACCUGGACGCUGUGAGCCACAGCAGCAUGGAUAGUUCUGCCGACGCUAACCCGGCCGAGCGGGGCCCCUACGCCUCAGACCCCGUCAAAGUAGACCCCACUGACGAUAGAUCUAGCACAGGAGAUCAGUCAGAUUUGGGAUAUAACUCCCUGUCUAAAGAGGAAGUUCGGAGAGGAGAACCCACCCCACAGGAUCCGGCCCCCGACAAAGAUAAGAAGGAGAGCGACUGCAGCUCCCUAUCAGAGACAGAAAGUGUAAAGGGAAGUAAAGACUGCCUCCCUCAGCUGGAUUUGGAGAUGAAGUCCUCCUUCAAACCUCGAGGAAUUGUUCGCAGCAGUUAUCCUUACGAGGACUCAUCCUGCAAACCCAAGAGUUCUGCCAGCACAGGCCAUGUGGCAGGUCUCCUCUUCACCUCCUCGCUGGAUGAGAUCGGUGAAGUUCACAGCAGCAGUUUGAUCAGGAGACAUAAGAGUGUUCUGGAGGAGGUGGUGGGCAGCACCAGCGGCAGCUCUGCUCUGGACUGGCAGGUUGUGAGGGGUCGCCGGUUGAGUGGGGACACGGCGGGCGGCGGCGGCACCACCGUGCUCGGCCUCGGGAUGAACCAGGCUGAAACGGAUCCGGAUAAGAUCGCAGGGCACUUGGGCGCAGAUGCCAAAAUUCUGUCCAGCGCUAGUUUCAAUAGGAGGUCUCGUUCUCAAGGACAGAGMGGCUGUGAAGGACUAACUGCUAAAGCUGGGGGGUCUUUCAGGUGUUGUGAGGAGGAAGAGGAAGGUCAGGUGUCUAGUGAUGAAGASAGGAGUCAAACAGAGGCCAUUUUUGAUUUUGAAGACCUGGAAAUAGACAAGCCUGCCACAGAGGUUAGCCCACACAGCAGAGUUCACAGGAAGCCCUUUGAACGCAGCGCCAGCUAUGGAGGCGUGAGCGCUGCCACACCCAAAGGAACUAUCAGGAGGACUGGAAUUGAAACAGGCUAUGACCCACUUUCCCUUCUAGCAGCAGAACUGCAGCCUGGACGGCCGGACACCACUCAGCUCGUGGAAGAAGACGAGGCCGGCACGCCGAAAGCUGGCAGGAACCUGGCCCGAGAGAUCGAGGUCUACAUGAACCACCUGGACACCCCGCUGAGCAGUCGCACGUCCAGCUCCGACCUGCAGGACCUGGCCAGCCCGCUCCUCCUCCACCCCUCCACGGCCUCCGCCCCCCGCAGGUCCAGCCUGCCCCACGGCUCCCCCUUCAGGACGGCCGGGGUGCCGCGCUCUUUCACCUUCCACCAAACCUCACCCUCCCAGCCCGUCUCUCRCCAGCGUAUGGUCUCAUCCCCAUCCUGUCCCAGCUCCAGCACCAGCCCCAGCCUCAGCCCCUUCAGAGAGCAGGCUGACGGAGUGAUGAUGUCACCUUCGUCCUCCUCCUCCUCCUUCGCCCUGGACACUUUGCUUACACCCACUCUAGACGUCUUUAAGACCAGCGUGGUCUCUGCUGGGAAGGGCGUGGCUGAGAAGGCGAGCCGCUGGUAUUCACGUUUGGCCACCUACACCACACCUACCAAGGAUGCCCAUAGUGACCGUCUGAGUGUGUCGUCCCUCGUUGUUGGAGAUCCAGAAUGCUCCUCCCUGCUGGAUGAAGCUGAGUGUGCAGAGUCUGAGUGCUCAGUGGUGUUUCCUCAGAGAAAUGGCCCCCCGGGGCCUCGCAGGAGCCCCAGGCGCAGCUCUGUCCACAGCAGAGUGAGCAGCCCCCCUGUGAGCUGCAGCCUCAGGAAACCCUCAUCUCUCCUUCCUGGAAGUGCUCUGUCUCCGCCUGAAUUCCCUCUACCUGACAAGUCAGACCUCGGCUCGUCUCGCUACACCAGCAACACCAGCAUCUUCAACAACUACGCCAUGGAGCUGCUGAUCUCCAGCUGCUCUCGGUGUAAAACAUGUGACUGUUUGGUUUACGACGAGGAGAUCAUGGCCGGCUGGACGGCCGACGACUCCAACCUGAACACCACCUGUCCCUUCUGUGGGAACCCCUUCCUGCCUUUCCUCAACGUGGAGAUCCGGGACAUGCGAGGGACUGGGAGGCUUUUCCUGAAGGGCAGCCCGUCCCUGGAUGAAGCAAUGACAUCAUCGUACUCCACCUCCACAGGUAUGGACACGGGGACGUCCACUUUGUCCACACCGUGUCCCACCACAGCUGUGUGCCCCCCCUCCCCAUCGACAGCCAUGCAGGACAGCUCUGGAAGGGUGUGGCCAAUCAGAGCACAAGGAAUCAACAUCCCCUUAGAGCGACAGCAGGGGGCGCUGUCCUCUGGAGGAGCAAUGACCCGCAGCGUCAGCGCCUUCAGUCCUCUGGAGGAGUCGUCUGGAUUCGGCCGCUGCCUGCCGACAUCAGGCAGCCUGCCCACUCAUCUGAAUGAAGCCACGGACCCCAUGAGCAUGGACUGGAGGCUCCACAACCCCGAGCCUGUGACAGUUCCUUAUUUGAGCCCGCUGGUGCUGUGGAAGGAACUGGAGAGCCUGCUGGAGAACGAGGGCGACAUGGUGAUCAGUGAAGCCGACAUGGUGGACCAUCAUCCCAUCAUCUACUGGAACCUGGUCUGGUACUUCAGACGGCUGGAUCUGCCCAGCAACCUGCCGGGUCUCAUCCUCACGUCUGAGCACUGCAACAAAGACACUCAGAUCCCUCGUCACUGGAUGUCAGAGGACAGUAAACACGUGUUGAUCCAGAUCCUGUGGGACAACCUGAAGCUGCACCAGGACCCAGUCCAGCCUCUCUACAUCCUCUGGAACGCAUACAACGUGGGGUACCCUCUGGCUCGGCCCGUCCCCGAGGAGGAGAAGCCGUUCAGCGAGGAGCUGCUGCAGAGCGUGGUGAAGAGCAUCCAGAGGAACGACGUGAGCCGGCCCAUGGCUCAGCUGCUGCAGCUGCUGGACAAAACCCUUGGAGUCAAAAGACAAAGGAGUUUGUACCGAGACAUCCUCUUUCUCUCACUGGUGGCUUUAGGAAAAGAUAACAUCGACAUUGACGCCUUCGAUCGGGAGUACAAGUUGGCGUACGACCGCCUCAUGCCGCACCUGGUGAAGCUGACCCACAACUGUGACCGUCCUCCGAGCACGGGUGUCAUGGAGUGCCGCCGGACGUUUGGAGAGCCUUACCUGUAAAAACUCCUCUUUCCUUAAACCCAGCUCAGGAAACUCGCUGAAAGACCACCUGAGACCACCUGAGACCACAGCCGGCGGCAGUGGGUUUAACGUAGCCCGAAGGUUCCAGACUUCAUCUCAGAAACUCUCCUCCCACCUGGUUAAAAUCCUGUGAAAAUUCUACAUAUUUCCUGUAAAUACAAAGCAUUAGAGGUUUUUUAAUGCAACAUUUAUAUUGUAUAAAUCAUACGAAGACUAUUAGCAAUAUUUUAACUUGAAGUCUAUUUAUACAAAGUCAGCUUUAUUUAUUGCUGUGUCUCUUUCUAACGGUUUCACCGAGUCGACGGUCUCCACUCAGACCACCAGGGUUCGAAAAUCUGUUUGUCAAACAGAAGAAAAUAAUCCCAGAUCCUCUGAGCCAAACAGGAAACAUUUAACAUCUGUUUUUUUAUUUAGUAUUUAAUGCUAAACAUUUACAGACACGUUUGACAGAUCUGAGGUGUUUUACUGCAUCUGUGGUGAUACAUGUUUUUAAAGCUGCUUCUAAUGUGUUUUUGCCUCUAAGUACAAAAUGAACUGAAAGUUGGCUUCAAAACUAAAGACAGUGACAUUUUCUCUUAAUUAAACAGCCAUUUAGACUUAGGUUUUUAUUUUUUCUAAAUAUAAAAGACGUUUGGUUUGAAAUUAAAUGUUAUUAAUUAUAGUGGA